GUCAUCAUUGCCAUCAGCUAACUUCUUUUCAAUCCUUCCAUCCUACUAUAAAUCAGUCAAUGCAUCUUCCUGGAAGUGUUUGUGCUUGACUGCGUUCCACACAAUGAAAGCAAACAUGGACAAGAAGCAGGUCACAGAGAUCCAGCCGCGGGCGGCACGCCCGCCGCCGUCUCGAAAGACCGGACUGCGUCAACGGCUCAUAUUCGCCGGCGUCAUCUUUGCGGUUGGUAUGUUCAACAUCUACCUCACAAGAAAACGCCGGUUGGACCAGAACCACGGAUCGGAUCUUGUGCCACACCCGGUCCCAGUACAAGAAUCCCCGUUUGGGCGGUUCCCCUUGCCCAAAGAUCCCUUCAAGCUCAUCCCUUGCACGAAUGCUUCAGUCCCGCCGGCCCUCGAUGACACUCAUCCCGAAGAGACGUGGGCGAGUACUUUCGACCCUGACCCUUCCAAUUGGAGCUGGGGAAACAAGACCGUCUCGGUUGAUGGCGACGACAGUGACCCCUUCACCGGCCGAGGCAUCUACCUCUGCGGGUAUCUGGAAGUACCGCUAGACUACACCAACAAGUCCGACGACCGGAUCGUCCGACAAGCCAUCAUCAAAUACCAAGUCUCGGGCCUAGCCCGCGUAGGCGAACCCGACAACGGCACCAGAAACCCACCUCCGGGCGGUAGAAGCGAGCGCACUAUCGUCCUCGAACCCGGCGGCCCAGGCGGCAGCGGGACCUCGUACGGAUGGAGAGUCGCGGAGCAAGUCACUAAGCGUCUCAGCGACGGCAAAUUCGACGUGCUGGCCUGGGACCCGCGAGGCGUCAACAUCACCCGCCCCUCCAUCUCCUGCUUCCCCUACGACGUCGACAGAGACCACUGGUCCAUACUGACGGGCCAAUACAUUGAGGUCGCCGCUGAUCCGAAGCGCCAGCUGCAAAUCGCCGACGCCAUGAACGACGCCACCUUCAAGGCCUGCUGGGAAGUCCACGGCGACCUCGGCCGCUUCAUGGGCACCGCCAUCGUCUCGCGCGACUUGGAGGAGAUCCGCAAGGCUUUGGGUGAGGAUGAGCUGACGGGGUACCUCGUCAGCUACGGCACGGGUAUCGGACAGACGUACGCAAACAUGUUCCCGGACAGCGUCGGCCGUGUGAUCCUCGACGGGACGGAAUACGUCCGCGACCACCGCGAAUUGGGCGGCUUCGGAUGGACUGCGCUCGACAACGGCACCCACGCCUGGUACGACGGGUUCCUCGGCGAAUGCAUCAACGCCGGGCCGGACCACUGCGCGCUAGCAAAGCUCAAGAGCAGCAGCGGCGAGCCCGUCGCGCUGAAGGAUCUGGAUAAGCGCAUGAUGUCCCUCAUCACAUCCCUCAUCGACCGCCCUGCCAUCGGGUACACGGAAGAUAGCGGCCCGUCCCUCGUAACGUACUCGGUCCUCGUCGCCGCAAUCUACUCGGCCCUCUACAACGCCCAGAGCUGGCCGGCCCUCGCCCAGAUGCUAUACGAGCUCGAACAGGGCAACUCGACCCUUGCCGCAGCCUACCUGGAAGACCGCGCCUGGCAAUACGACCCGACCGUCCCCGCGACGCCCAACAAGCGGCCGACGUCGGAGGAACUUGCCUUCAUCGUCAUCUGCGCGGAUGCCUACGACGCGCCGCUGCCGCCCGACGGACUUGUCUGGUGGGAAUCGCUCUGGGCCAACAUGUCGUCCCAGUCCUGGGUCGCGGGCAACUCUCGCUUCUUUGACGUCUUCCCCUGCCAGCAGGUGCACAAGUACUGGCCUGAACCGGUGGACGUGUACCGCGGGGACCUGAACCACACGCUCAAGAACCCGAUCCUGUUGAUUGCGGAGACGUAUGACCCGGCUACGCCGCUGCGUAACGGGCGUAGGUUGCUGAAUGAGAUGGGGCGGAACGCGAGGUUGAUUGCGCAUCAUGGGUAUGGGCAUGCGUCGAGGGAUACAUCUGAUUGUACAGAUGGGCUCGCGAAGCGGUAUAUCCUCGAGGGGACGUUGCCUGAAGAAGCAGAGACGGCGUGCUAUGCUAACGAGAAGCCGUAUUUGUAUGGUGUCAAGGACAAGAGUGUGAGCGCUGCAGCUGAUGGGGACUGGAAUCCUGUCGCUGCGUGGCGGGAGCAUCAGCGGGAAGUAGCUCACCUGCGUCUUUGAAGAACUUGGGAGUGAUAGUCUUUUGGUCAGUGUAAUGUGCUAGUUAGUAAGCAGUGUAUGCCCAUAGGCAGGGAUUUGGAGGAGGAGGGACUUGAGUCGAUCAUGUUCACAUCUUAAUCUUGACCUCUUUUCUCCAUACCUGUCGGCUGUUUUGUAGCGUAAGGUAGCCGCUGUAAUCUAUCGACCUCGAAAACUCAGAAA